AUGUUUGCUAAUUCUUUUGCGGCCAUUGCUUUCUUUUUCGCAGUUGCCAAUGGUUUACCAGUUCCUCAAAACUCUACCCCAACUUUUUCAUCAGUGUCAUCGUCAUCGUCAGCAUCGGCAUCUGCAUCGGCAUCUACAUCAUCUGCAUCCUCAGCUGUUGCUUCUACAGCCGUUUCAUCUUACAAUUGGAAUGACGGCUUUACUCCUACCAUUUCUAUUCGCUCAUCAUGUAAUGCUACUAACUCCAACAUUCUUUCCCGUGCACUCUCUGAUACAAUUGAUGUUGCCCAACAUGCAAGACUCCAUCUCUUGCGUUAUGGCAAUUCCUCAGACAUUUUCCCACGCUACUUUGGAAAUGCAUCUGCUGCUGCUGAGCCUUUAGGUUGGUAUGAUUUCUUGGCUAAUGGUGAUAAAAGUGGUCUUGUUUUGCGCUGCGACGACGUUGAUGACCGCUGCAACGAUACUACAACAGGAAUCUAUACCUACCGCGAUAAUGAAAGUGUUAUUUGCCCCAAUGCUUUCAGCAACAAAAUUUAUAACUCUGACAUUUGCGCUCAUGGUUACACAGUUGCAGGAAACAAUGCAACAGAUACCUGGGCUGGCACCUUUUUGGGUCAACUUUUGAAUUCUCAACGUAUUGGUCAAGGCUCAAUUUCUCAUAAAGCUGAAUCAUACGCUUCUGUAAUUGCCCUUGCUAAAAGUAACUCUUCUGUAGCCUUACACAACACCGCAUCUCUCCAGUAUUUUGCACUUCACGCCUGGGCAUACGACAUUGCCGUUCCUGGUGCCGGAUGUACUGGAAAAUAUUCCAAUGCCUCACUGGCUACCAAUUCCACUUUGGCCUCAUCCUCCAAUACAACGGUGUCCACAAAUACCACUGUUUCGUCUAAUUCAACCAGCACAGCCGCACAAAGACAAACGGCGUCCAACUCCUCAGCAGCCUCACAAUCGCUUCUCGUCGUUACUGGGUCUUCUGUCUCUACUUCUACAUCUGGUAGUACAAGAACUGUCACUUCCUCCGUUACAGCUUCAGGCUCUUCUUCUUAUUCUUCUAUCUCUGCAACCCCCUCUGCAAUUCCCUCUAGCCUUUCUGCCACAGCAUCAGGAGUCACACGUACAGUUACUGAAAGUGUCACAUCUCCAAUAAGCAGUUCAGCUCGUGUGACUGUUACCGAGAGUGUGACGGCAACUCCAAGCAGUUCUGUCAACUCCGUUACUCGUACUGUUACGGAAAGCGUCACCCAAACGCCUGAGGUUACCAAAUCCACAAGUGCUAGCCGUCGUACGAUUGUAGUCACUGAUACUCAAAGUUCAUCUUAA